UGCCGUCACUCACAAAAUCCUGCAAUGUCUAAGAAUAAUCUUCUUCGCGAGCUUUUGCCUAGUGAUCAGAAAUUCAACAAUCAGUAUCUGAAUCUGACCUUGCCGGCAAAACAGCGACGCAAGGUCCCUUUGGCCUGUACCGAGUGUCAGAGAAAAAGAUCUAAGUGCUCUGGUACAAACCCUUGUAUGACAUGUACAACUCAAAAUCGCGAGUGCCUGUAUGAUCCAGCCCGUGAUCGGAGACGCAAGACUCAUACCGCUGAGCUACUAAACUUCCGUGUCGCCUUUUUCCAAAUGACCGCGAAGCUGCGCUCUGGAACGUCGGAAGAGAUAUCCUCGUUGAUUCAGGAGUUUCGAAAUCUGCCAACCGACCAAGAAGCCGUCAAUUAUCUUGUUCAUGGACACGGGAUAUCCAGCAAUGUGUGA